CUCAUCAUCAGCCGACAACCACGAGAUCACGAGGAAGAGCAGAAAGAAGAGGCUUUCUGAAGCAGUAAGUGACUCCUGGAAUAACACAGAUAAUUAGCUCAUUAGUGACGCUCUAUCGCUUGUGAGGACGCCUGAAUGUCAGGAAGUUUGGCGGCUAGUGUGUCUGACAAGCAUCGAACCUCAAAUUAGACAGUUUGUUAAUUAAGAUCGUAAUGGUGCGCUUUGUAUAAAUGGAAAGCAUUGCAUCAACAAGUGUUGCUGUUGUUAUUGUUUUUUCUAUUGGCCCACCCACCCCUCUGUCUCCUUCCAUCUCCCUCUUCGUAUUGGAUGUUCAGCCCUCAGUAGCUCUUUUGUUCGGUGAAGCAUUCCUCACAAUGUGACAGGCCGCACUGGAGACGGUACUCGCCAGGACUUAGUUUCAUCAUCUCAGUGUUUACUUCAGAGGAGUCAGGAGUUGGAUGCAAGUGAAAGGGGGCGUGUUUUGAUCUGUGAAAUCACCAGGCUUUCUUUUAGCUCCUAAUUCCUUGCAGCAACAUUUCUAGCAUGCCUCAUGGCCAGAAGUCCCAUUGAGCCAGUGGAGUCUCAUUACCACGUCCUCUGUAAAGGGCUUCUAUUGAGGCCUGACACCCGAGAGCAGUGAGUGGUUACCUGAGCUCCAGAGGGAUGACUCUCCGGAGGCCAGCCGCCCACCUACCGAGAGCUCCGAGCUGGAGGAGAUCAGGGGACGAGUCCUACUGGGAGAGCUUGAUACCAGAAGGGGAGGUUUCUCGCCCUCAACGCCAACCUCGGCCCCAGAGUGCCAUCGAAGGAGGACGCCGGCUGGACGGAUGGCUGGAGCACCUGCAGAGGAUAGAGAGCGAACUUCUCAGAGGUCAUAACCAGGCUCCAGCUUUCAGUGAUUGGACGACAUCCACAGAGCCAACCCGACCUGUCUGGAGACAGCCGCAGGUCCCGUCCUACAGCAGGGCCUCGUCUUCAUGUGGGAGUCCCAGCAUGUGUGAGAGCUCGCUAGGCAGCCAGGAGUCCCUCCCAACGGGCUUCUUUUCUCCUCCGGAGCGCAGAGGAAGCUUGGAGACAGUUCACAUAAUGCAGACCCCGAGGAAGGAGAGCGCUCAACUCAGCUGUCUCGCUCCGGUCAAAAUCGGCUGGCUGCCAAUUCAAAGAAGAGUGACGCGGGUGGAUGAUGCUUGUAACCAAAACCAGUCUUUGGACCACUCUGCGAGCCAGGUGAAAUUGAAACAAGCAAUCACUCCAACAUUUCGGAUGAAUCGAGCAACAACCCACAGGCUGCAGGAUGGAGAGGUGGAGAAAAGUCACGGCGGCCCAUACGCCUUGUGUGUGAAGACGUGGCAGGCUCCUGAUCAAGACUCUUCCAUUACUAAACAGGUGCCAGAAAGUCGGAGCUUGCCUGCUCUCGAGGGGGACCGAAGUGGAGGGGUUCAAGCUCUGAGGAGAGGCUGGAAUACCAACAGGGUGUCAGCUUUCCCUGGAGGCAGCCAGUCCAAUGUCCUCCCCACAGGGAACGGCUCAGUUACCAAUAGGUCCUCGCAAAUGAAAACAAGCAGCGCAACCCCCCUCCAGCAAGCCCCGGCGCAUCAAACAACUUUCGCCGACCCCAUCCCCAACACAAACAAGUCCCACACGCCUUUGCACAGGACAGGCGGUGCUCAGCCUGUGAGGGCCACAGUCCCGUCACACAUACAGACCAACUCCGGCGCGACCACACUAAUCCCUCAGAACACGGCCGGCUUCUCCUCCAUCACCAUCUCCUCCAGGAGAGUGAGCAGAUCGGCCAGUUUGCCCGUCUCCGACGCCCGCCCCGCCGAGCCACGUCCCCUUCCGUCCAUGGACCCGAACUGCGGGCAGGUCACGGUGCAGAGGAAAGCCACCAUCGUCAAAGUGACGGAGCGGAGGACCAUUUCCAGCCCCUUCUCGGGCACCACAAGAGGGGGGACACCGCCGGCUGGCGAGGCUUCGGACACGGUGGUCCACAGAAGAAAGGCCACCAUCAUCAAAGUGACGGAGCACAGGGAGAGCUACAGUCCAGCCAAGGAAGAGUCUGGGACGAGGCACCCUGGGUACAGACACAGCUACUCCGAGGGGGUGUACGAGGAAAACAGCACGUGGAGUCAGGGGAGACUUUCACAGCACUGUGCGGCACCCUCUGGAUUCCACCUGGAUUCCACAGGGAGGCCAAACUCUGCUGUAGCACCACAUACGUCCCCUUUGGAUCCAGUGGAAAACAAUGGAGCACUGCGCAGGUCCACGCUGAGACUUUUCGUGAGCAGCCCCGCCGACGUUGCAGCGGCCAAACCCUCAGAGGUUUCUCCAAGGGCGACUGCACAGAGACCGGACAGGUCGCACAGACCACAGAGCUGCUACGGCAAUAUGUUUGGACACACAAAGCCAAGCAAGGAGGAGGUGACGCAUCCAGACGGCAGGAAAUGGAGCUUUGGGCUCCCACAGGGGGCCAAUAUGAACUCCAGCGGUAAAGAAGCAGAUCCCACCUCGCAGCAGUCUCAGGAGGAGGUGCUCGCCCUCAAUGCAGCUGCCGUCAUAGCAAAUAUAAAACUACUAAGGAAACUAAGCAAGAAGAAAACACCAAAUGGCAAAUCUCAGAAGGACGGUGCUGCGUCUCCGCCGGAAAACAUUGAUGAGGGGAAGUGUGUGAAGCCGCCGCCGGAUGAAGGAACAAUCCGGGGCCACAGCCAACUUAAUAUCGCUUUUGAAACGGAUGGAUCACCUCAAACUAUUUCUUUGCAGGAUGCACUGCAGAGGUCCAGGCCAGACUUCAUCGGCCGUUCCCAGAGCCGACUGCGAGAACUCGAGCGAAGGGCCCGGGAGAGGAGGGAUCUGGCCGAUUGGGAAGACCCACGGCGGGACGUCAGGCAGAGGAGAGGCCGCGGUGUCCGGGGAAGCUCUCUGAACGAUAACCUUUUCAAACUCAGAGACAGAGCCAUUGCUGGGAAAGCGAUUCAGCCGGGAUCUAAGCGGCCGCCUGCAGAGGUGAAGAGAAAAAAAGAGGAGGAGAAGAGGAGGGAGGUGUGUUUGAGCAACAGGCAGCGAAUGGGACUUUUCAAAAAGAAACUGCUGGAUCAGAUUCUUCAAAGGAGCAACAGCUGAACGAAUGACAACAGAUGAAGAAGAUGAUGCCUGUCGGAUUGUGUAACAGACUGAUGGAGUGAGCUGUGGCCUCUGACAGAGUUGAACUAUCAGUGUAGGUCAUGGCACAGCGUCUGCCUGUCUGCUGUAGUUCCAUGACUUAUUAUCCAAGUUCCGGAGGUCCACAUCUGUUUUCCUGAAAGAUAAAUCCGUGGUAAUCUUUCAGAAACCCAAAAGGUCAAUUAACAUCGCUUAAGAGUCAGAACCUUUGAAGAGUAUUCUGCCCAUGCACUUAAAUAUUCUGGUGUGCAAUAAUACAAAUAAAAAAACAUAUUUUUC